GCGGAGACGCCCGCCGGUCACGUGACCGCGCUCCCCGCCGCUAAUUGGAGAAGAGGCGAGAGGUUGGUCCCGGGAGGGCCGUGGGCGGAAGUGACGCCACGAGGGCCCCGGGAUCCCCAGCGAGAGCAAGAUGGCGGACAAGGAGAAGAAGAAGAAGGAGAGCAUCUUGGACCUCUCCAAGUACAUCGACAAGACCAUCCGCGUGAAGUUCCAGGGCGGCCGGGAAGCCAGCGGCGUCCUGAAAGGCUUCGACCCACUGCUCAACCUGGUGCUGGACGGCACCAUCGAGUACAUGAGAGAUCCGGAUGACCAGUACAAACUCACGGAAGACACGCGCCAGCUGGGCCUGGUGGUCUGCAGAGGGACCUCCGUGGUCCUCAUCUGCCCGCAGGACGGGAUGGAAGCCAUUCCGAACCCCUUCAUUCAGCAGCAAGAUGGCUAACCGGCCUGUGGUUCAAACCUUGGGAGAAGUGGAAUGCAGUUUCUGGAAAGAAGCCACAUUUGAAGGAGAAAUUAUUUUUUUAUGCUCAUUUUGUAUAGGAAGAGGACCUUAUAACAUUUUUUCUUAUUUUGUAUGACACUUUGUGUGGGCCAGGAAAUAGUCUUAAAGUGAGGUGAUGUCAUUUGUCUACAGCGGGCUUGGACCAUCUUUCUGCUGUAAACGAUUGAAAGUACAUUGGAAGGUUUGGUAAAAUACGACAGACUAUU